CAGAUGAGUUAGGUUCCAUGACCACCUCUCACAUUUAUUUGUCUCAAGACCAAACUUGGUUUUGGACGUCGUUCUCAAUUUCACCAAAGAAGCCGCCCAAAAGCGAAUCCGAAAUGCACAUGCAAGGAUGUAAAGUGGCCGACUCGACUCCGUGCUUGGAAUCUUGCAAUUGAAAAAAGCAUUCUGAAACUGGAACCAUACAUAGUUGGUUCAUAAACUGACGUCUCCUCGCUAAUUGCAUCCAUCUAACUUGUCGAUCCAUCCCAUGUGCCGAGCAUCCUUCUCUCCUGCCCCCGCGGUGGUUCAUCCCAACAUUGCUCUUGUUCCAGCGUCCAAUGCAACCAAGCAAGUCGAUGUUUCCAGUGCUAAGAAAGUAGAUCGAAAACUCGUUUCUAUUCUCCAUCCAAGUUCCUACGAUGAUUCGUGCAACCCUCUCAAGAGUUGCAAGAGCACGACGAGCGUCCCAGGACUUGUCGCCGUUAGGGACGUCGAGGAGAGCUCAGCUGUGAGUCGAGGCUCUUCCACAGACUCACUCCAAGAUUCUUGGAAUGAUCCCGAACAUGUACAGGAACCACCAAAGCCAAAGCUUUCUUUUCACCCAAGGGUUGUGGUGCAUGAGUUUCAUCGGCUCCCCGGGUCGAAGCAGGCGUUAUGGUAUUCUGGUGCUGAGUUGCGCGAGUUCCAGCGAGAAGCUGUUUCGCUGGUUCAACAACACGAUCGCAAGCAUUGGAGUGGUUUCUUUCGUCGUGGUCCUGCCAAGUUCUCGCACUGUCAUCCUGCACUGGGGUUUUCAAGCGACGACAGUGAUGACGCGGUUGACCAGGCACAGGAUGACCAGGCAGAAGAUCAGAGCGCAGCAAACCAAGUCCGACGGAUUCUGAUUGUGGACACGCAUGAUUUGUCCCUCAAGUUGCUCGCGAAAGGGUUCCAAAGAGCCUUCCCUCGUGCCACUGUCUCAAUGGCCAAACGAAGUAACGAGGCGAUGGACUUGUGUCAAAUUGAAGGAAACUAUUACGACAUUGUUGUGGUCGAGGAAAGGCUGAGCCUCUUUUGGAAUAGAUCGGAAUCUGGGUCCGCUUUCUUGCGAUCCGUUCUGCAUCUCCGCCAGACGCAGCAGUGGAGGCCUCUUUGCAUUGGGCUUAGUGCUCACAUCGAUUGCGACCGAGCCACUCUGAAGGAAAGCGGGGCUGAUAUCUGCUGGUGCAAACCGCCCCCAGAUCUGAAGAACAGUGCAACUGUCCGAGGACUCUUGGAAGCACUCAAAGCCAAGCGCUCGGAUGACUAAACGAUCCACGGACCCAUCAGCAAAAAACAGAUUCACCCUGUAAGGGAUUACCUCAAGACCGAGGACUCAGAGCUCUGGUGCAGCCAAGUGCUUGCUGCCUUGAAUAACACGAAACCAGCGCGACUGUCUUUCGCAGAUUUUGCAGUGCUCACAAGGCGUGAGUGCUAUUGACCACUUAAUUGUACAUGUACUGUAGCUUGGUAACUUUCAACUAGAGGAGAACCGAACCUUUGUCGCUUGGCUAUGG